GACGAGGAGGGGGCGUUGCCACAAUUCCUAACCAGCCGCUCCUGUGAGGAUCCAAUCCUGCAAAAUAGGCUUAGCUCCCCGGGAACAGGCGGCGAGGCUGGCCGAAGAAGGGCUCUUGUUUCGGCCGUUUGCUGGAAUGUUCUCCAGACCGUCCGCUAGCUUGCUGAGUGCGAUGCUUGGCUUCAAAUGGAGCCGUGUUCGGUGAGGGCUGCUCGGUGACAACACUCGGCCCGGCGCCGUUCGACCUGCUCGGAUAUUCUUGCUAAUUUAGGUUUUUUGACGUUUUUAACAUCCGUUAUGUGUUUGAACACGAUCCCCCAGUUGAGACUCGGUUGAAGCUCUUCCCUUUUCUGCCGUUUCAACCCCUCCGCACCGAGUCAUGGCCAAAAACCAGUCCGAGUCUGCGGGCGACGACCUCAGCCAGCUGACGGACGACGAGCUGCUCCGCUGCGGCAAGGAGGAGCUCCUCCGGAGGCUUCGCCGGGUCGACGGCGAGAAGAUGAACUUGAUGAUCGAGCACGGCAACAUGAUGAAGGACAUCAACCGGAGGCUGCAGGUGCACCUCCAUGAGAUCCGCAGCCUGAAGGAGGUCAACCAGAAGCUGCAGGACGACAACCAUGAGCUCCGCGAGCUCUGCUGCUUCCUGGACGACGACCGGCAGAAGGGCAAGAAGCUCUCCCGCGAGUGGCAGCGCUUCGGCCGCUACACGGCCAGCGCCAUGUGGAAGGAGGUGGGCACCUACAUGAUGAAGCUCAAGGAGCUGGAGGCCAACCAGGAGAGCGUGCUGAGGGAGAACACCGAGCUGAAGGAGAUCAUCCUCAUGUUGGACGAGGAGAGGAACGGGGCCGGGUCCAGGAGCUCCAUAGACAGCCAGUCCAGCCUGAGCAACCUGAACGGGGGCACCGGUACCGUCCGGGACGUCGGGGACGGGAGCAGCACGUCCAGCGCCGGCAGUACCGGAAGUCCCGACCACCACAACCACAUGCACAAGCCCGCCUCCGAGGGCGCCAAGGUCGCACCCCCCAUGAGGAGGUCCAUGGACGACCUGUCCGUGCCCCACCAUCACAGGAGCAUCCCCAAUGGCCUCAAUGAUCCCUCCUCCAACUACAUCCGACAGCUGGAGACCAAAGUGCGAAUCCUGGAGGACGACAACAACAAGCUUCUGUCGCAGGCUCAUAACCGUUAUAGUUUAUCACAGAUACAUGCCACCAAGUGCAACCCAGGUGACCUCCGAGCCCUGAGGAAAGGCAUGACCCUUUACCACUCCGAGUCCCAGCUGUCCUCGCUGCCCCAGCGCCAGGACGCCAUGCCCUUGGGAACAGGCCGUCUUCCAAACAGCGAAUCCUCCCCGGCCACGGGAUAUCUGUCCUGCGUCCAGAAGCCCGAGGCCGUGGUGCACGCCAUGAAGGUUCUGGAGGUCCACGAGAACUUGGACAAGCAGGUUCCUGAAGACUACGAGGACGACCUGAGUGAGAAGGAGAAGGCCAUCGUGCGGGAGAUGUGCAACGUGGUGUGGAGGAAGCUGGGUGACGCUGCGGGGUCCAAACUGUCCAUCAGGCAGCACCUGUCAGGAAACCAGUUCAAGGGUCCACUGUAGCAUGAGCAUGCGUGCCCACCUGCAUGGCGACCGGUCCGCCGCCCUGACCGGGUUCCCUCCGCCACACACUCAGACAGGCUCCAUCAGCGACCGCCCGGUCCGCUCCUCACUCGUGUUUUCAUCUCUGCCAGCGUCCGACAAUUUUGCACCUGACUGGCUCGCCACUUUGUUUUGGUUUUGAACCCGUUGAGGCGACAGGAAAGACUCACGUCAUGUGACACUAAGCUACCGAGUUCCAAGCACAGCGCUUCCGAGCCGGCGGGGGGGCAGGAGUCCAUCUUGGAAUAUUUUUGAUAUUACCUCCUGUAGCACCCCCUUGCACCUGUCAAGCCCCCCCCCCCCCCCCCCCCAUCCAAGGGACUUUACAUUAGCAUUAGCGUACAAAAGUGUUAACUAGUGCAAACCCACUGUGACCUAGCACCUUCUCGCUCGUUUAGGACCACGGUGUCUACCAUGUUUGUUUUAGCGUGGCCAUGUGAUCAACUUUUGGUAUUAAUGUUUUUUUAUGAUCUUGCUGUUUUAGGAAUCAGCGUUUCGUACUUUCUAACGGUGAACAAAACCACCACCAAUGAUAGGAUGCUGUGUGCAUGCUCGACAAUCAUCUUCUCAGGUUGGGAGGGCGACAGCUUUAGCGCCUUUGUGGAAGAAAUACCGCAUAGUCAGCACGGAACAACAGCUUCCGGGUAGAACUUGUCCGUGUUUUCCACUGCAUGCUUUUGGAACCUUUGGUUCUCCACACACUUCUCUCUGUCCCCUGAUCAAGAAAGAAAAGAUGUUGUGAUGUCAAACGCGUGGAUAGCGAUGGAAGCGCGUCUUUUGCUGCCUUGUGAUUGGGCAGCUGUGGCCCCUCCCAUCUCUUCUCCCAAAUAACAUCGAUUCACUCAUGAUAAAAGUGGCCUUUUUUCUAGGGAGUGAUCAAUCCGAAGCCAUGAUCUUGUAGGAAGUGAUGUACUUGGCCGCACAGCGUUUACAUGGGGAUCAUUCUGGAACAUGUGGUCUCCAACAGGUAGCUCGUGAGCUGUAAAAUUUUAAGAAUAUUUGCGUGAACUCUUUAGGAUUUUGUUUUAGUGAUGCUGGAUAUUGAAGGGUGGCCAUAUUUCCAUGAGUAAAAACUGGGACACGCGGUCCAACAAAUGGGACUGCACGUUUCCUCAAUGACGACGCCAUCAAUACCAAUACCGAUACCUGUAAAGCACACCGCCUCCCAAUGCAUAGGAACAAAUUACAAUUACAAAAUGCUAUAAACACCAGACACCAAUUCAGAGAUUGAGAGGCAUUCAGAUCUUCCCCAGACUAAUGUGGCGUCAACACUUUGUCUUCCCUGUGGGUUUGUGUUGGGCAUUGCUAGUCUUUCAUUGACGCAUGAUGACCAGGACACAGCAUCGAGUCCACAAGGACCGCUCUGUUAGAGAGGAGCCGUGCUUGGCAAAUAAACAACCUCAGUGUUGCCAGUCAUAAAGAAAAGAAACAGCUCACCUCGUCCUUAGUUUUUGUCAAGUCGAGCUGAAAGCCGGAGCCCAUGUUCUAGAAAGGCUAGCUAGCAUGUUCUCGCCAAGCUCACUCAUCCUGAGGACCAAACAGAUGGAAGAGGCCACUUUAGACUCCAAUGAAAGAAAUUAAAUAAACGACUUGAUGAAAAUAGAACAAACGGGCUCCAUGCGUCUUCAUUCCUGCACCAACACUGCCCCCCUGUGGCGCAAAUGCGCAACUUUGGCCUGCAACAAAAAAAACAGGUGAAAUUGAUUGAAAAAAAGUCAUUUUAUUUUUCCAAGUGCCACUAUGACACAAAAGCAAAGAAGCGGGUGUGAAACCAACGUAGGAAUGUAAGGAUGAAAUGUACAACGUCAAUGAUCCAGUGUUUGAUAUCACAUCACGAUAUCAGGUUGAUCCCACCAUGAGGAUCCUGCUUCGCCUUUGGGAUGUUUGGGUACACUCUGUCAUCUCAUCCACCCUCCACGGUUCAUGGGCAUGCCCGGUGGCGG